AUGCCACACUUUGGGUUGACUCACGAUGCUUGCCAGCAGCGGCGGCCCGUGGCGAGCGCUCCUGCUGAGCCACUCGCAGUCUUCCCGUCCGUACUACCCACCACUUUGCGAAAUAUCAAGUCCCAGAUCCUGGUCACAUGUGUCGCCAUCACCCUCGACGCCGUCUGUCCGGGGCUGGUCGGUGAGCACUCGGUCAGCGCAGCUGUCACGGACAAGCUUCUAAAGUUACUCGAGCAGAGUCUCCCGUUCAAUUCAGGACGCCAUUGUCUGGAAUCGUUGCAGAACUAUCACCGCUCAGGCCGGCUCUCCCUGGCCGAAGCUCGUACGGUUCGGUUCGCCAUGGUCUCGUUAUGA